UAAAUUACCUGGUCCAAAUCUAUUAGAAGUAUUAAAACUUUUUGUUUUAAACAAAUCAAAUGCAGAUCUUUACAACUACAUCUUCAACUUACGAGAAAGAUAUGGGUCUGUUAUUAAAAUUUGGAUAAAACCGUUUCGACCUAUUCUAAUUGUAUCAGACCCAAAAUAUUUCGAAGCUAUACUUGGGUCUAAGGUACAUUUACAUAAAACUAAAUUGUAUGAUUUAUUGCAUAGUAUUGCUGGAGAUGGAUUAGGAACAAUUUCAGAUGUUGAGAAAUGGAAAUCAGAUAGAAUUUUUUUUAAUCCAAUUUUUAAACACAAAUUUAUUUCUACUUACACUAACAAAUUAAAAUAUCACAUGGAGAAUUUUAAAGAAGUUUUAAUUACACACGAAAACCAGCCAGUCGAUGUGCAUUUAAUAAUACAUCAUUGUGCAAUGUAUAUGAUAUUAGAAUAUUUACUCGAUGAUAAUGUAAGUGUAGAAACCGCAUCAAAAAUUGUGAAUGCUGUGGACAAAAGCUUAGAUAUGACGCUUGAAAGAGAAUACUCCGUUAUAAAAUCGAAUAGUAUACUAUUUCGAUUUACUAAAAUGUAUAAAUCUUGGGUAGAAGUCCAUGAAUUUUUGGAUAAAACAUUUAUGAAUUUUAUUCAUAAACAUAUAAAUUUAAGAAAAAGUGGUCGUACAGAAACAAAUUCAGAAAACAAGAAUUUGAUGGAUUUAUUACUUGAAAAUAAUUAUUCUGAACACGAAAUAAUGAGUCAUUUGAAAACGUUCGUCCUUGCGGGCUUUGGUACGGUUGCUAAGGCAGCUUCAUUUGCUUUAUUUGAAAUUGCCAAACGGAAAGAUAUACAACAAAAAAUAUAUGAAGAAUAUUUAUCUUUAGCUGGAACUAAUGAAAAUUACGUUUUUACUUUUGAUGAUAUUCAAAAUUUGAAAUAUACUGAAUCAGUAAUUAAGGAAGCUAUGAGGAUGUAUCCUCCCAUACCACUCAUAGAAAGACAAUUGAAAUCGCCCAUAAUUAUAAAUGGAGUUCGUAUACCUAAAGAUAUCGAUGUUGUAUUCUCCAUCACGUCGUUGCACAAAUACAAUUUUUCAAAUCCGGAAAUAUUUAAUCCUGACAGAUUUUCACCAGAAAAUAUAGGUGAUAUAAAUCCAUACUCAUAUGCACCGUUUUCAAUUGGACCAAGAAAUUGUAUAGGGAAAAAAAUUGCUAUGAUUGAAUUGAAAUAUAUCAUUUCACACAUCGUAAAGGAUUUUACAUUACAUUCAAUUCAACCAGAACAUAAAUUAGAGUUAGCUACAACUUUUAAUUUAGUAAGCACAAAUGGAAUUCCAGUAAUUUUUAAAAAACGAGAAUUAUCAUAA